AUGAGAGAAGUUAUCAGUAUUAAUGUCGGUCAAGCCGGUUGUCAAAUUGGUAACGCGUGCUGGGAGUUAUACUCGCAAGAGCACGGUAUCAGACCCGACGGGUACCUCCAAGACGGCUUGGACAGACCAAAGGGUGGAGAAGAAGGAUUCUCCACCUUCUUCAGCGAGACUGGUUCUGGUAAAUACGUGCCAAGAGCCUUGUACGUGGAUUUGGAGCCUAACGUGAUUGAUGAAGUCCGUACUGGUGCCUACAAGGACUUGUUCCACCCAGAACAAUUAAUUGCUGGUAAGGAAGAUGCCGCCAACAACUAUGCCAGAGGUCACUACACCGUCGGUAGAGAGAUCUUGGACGAUGUCUUGGACAGAGUCAGAAGAAUGGCCGACCAGUGUGACGGUUUACAAGGUUUCUUAUUCACCCACUCCUUGGGUGGUGGUACCGGUUCCGGUUUAGGUUCCUUGUUAUUGGAACAAUUGUCCAUCGACUACGGUAAGAAGACCAAGUUGGAAUUCGCCGUCUACCCAGCCCCACAAGUUUCCACCUCGGUUGUGGAACCUUACAAUACCGUGUUAACCACUCACACCACCUUGGAACACGCUGACUGUACCUUCAUGGUUGAUAACGAAGCUAUUUACGAUAUGUGUCGCCGUAACUUGGACAUCGCCAGACCAAACUUCGACUCCUUGAACAGUUUGAUCGCACAAGUUGUUUCCUCUGUCACUGCUUCCUUAAGAUUCGAUGGUUCUUUGAACGUCGAUUUAAAUGAAUUCCAAACUAACUUGGUCCCAUACCCAAGAAUCCAUUUCCCAUUGGUUUCUUAUGCUCCAGUUUUCUCCAAGGCCAGAGCCAACCACGAAGCUAACUCCGUUGCUGAAAUCACCGCCUCCUGUUUCGAGCCAGGUAACCAAAUGGUCAAGUGUGACCCAAGAGUUGGUAAGUACAUGGCCACUUGUUUGUUAUACCGUGGUGAUGUUGUUACCAGAGAUGUUCAGAACUCUGUCGCCCACGUCAAGGCCAAGAAGACCGUUCAACUUGUUGACUGGUGUCCUACUGGUUUCAAGAUCGGUAUCUGCUACCAACCACCUACUGCUAUCCAAGGUUCUGAGUUGGCGUCCGCCAAGAGAGCCGUGUGUAUGUUGUCCAACACAACCGCCAUCGCUGAAGCCUGGAGAAGAAUCGACAGAAAGUUCGACUUGAUGUACUCCAAGAGAGCCUUCGUCCACUGGUACGUCGGAGAAGGUAUGGAAGAGGGUGAGUUUACUGAAGCCAGAGAAGACUUGGCCGCUUUGGAGAGAGAUUACAUUGAGGUUGGUACCGACUCUUUCCCUGAAGAAGAAGAAGAAUAUUAGUUUGUGUAGCUCGUUUAUAGUUCGUUAAUACCCUUUGUUAAUUAGUUGAAAUUAGUAAGC